AUGAGCACCACAGCACUCAGCGUCCGCAGCAACAACAGUAGCAUCGACGUGAGGUCAACAAGGAAAGCUACUAAUCACUUUGCUUACUGGGAGCCGGAGGCUCUGACACCGGAUGACCCUGAGCCCGAGCCCGAACCGGAGCCCAGCAGUGCCGGGUCCCAGGUCCCCGGCCGGAGGACCCCCGGGUCACUCGCCCAGGGAACAGAAGCGGAAGGUGGCUAUCAGUCGCCGCCGGCAGUCUCCAGGGAGGGCAGCAAGCUGCUGUCCAGGCGAUCCUCCUCAACAUCCCGAAGUCGCCACAGCCGCGCAAGUGGCGCAAGCAGCGCCAGCAGCAGCCGGAAGUCGUCGGCGCUGGGCUACGUGGAAGGCGGCGCCGCCCCCGGGGCGGGCGAUCCGCAGGGCUUUCAGCAUCAGCAUCAGGAGCAGCUGCCGUUUGACGGUCGGCGGGAGGCGGACGACUGGGAGGCGACGGAGCAGCAGCCGGAGGUGCUGCAAAGGCGAGGCGGGCCAGCAGGGCUGUCGUCGCACGAGGAGGCGGCACGGCAGCACCGGGGACCGCAUGCUGGGUUUGGGCCAGCGUCCAAGUCCGAGCGCAGCAGCCGGUCCGCGUCGGCCGCGGGAAGUCGUUCCCCAGAACCCGAGGCAAACGGCGGCGCGGCCCCAUCCACGACGGCGCAGCGAGACGGCCCCAGGAGAUCAACCCAGACGCCGACGGCGCUCAGCCACCGCAGCCACGCCAGCAAUAGUCCAGGUGCUGCCGGUGUUGCCGGUGGUGGUGGCGGCAAGCGGCUGAGUGCCGCUGCCUUGGAGCUGCAAGACUUGCCGCCGGAUGCGCUUCCAUGGAGCGAGCCGCCCGAGUACGUCAGCCACGUGUCCUCCACCGUCAGCGUCAACAACGACCCAGGGGUCGGUACGGUGCACCCACAACCGCCGUCAGGGCUGUCCCGGGAGACCAGUCGUACAUCAAACCGGGCCCCCUCGGAGGGGGCCGCCAACAUUCGGAACAGUAGCACAGGCCACAAGUCCGCUGGUCACGGCCACGGCAAAACGCCAGUGCCGAUGCUGCCGCUGCGCGAGCUCGCCGCCGCCGCCGCCGCCGCUGCUGCCGCCGCCGGCGUCUCGCAAUCGGGUCCAUCGACGCCCACCGAGCCGGCGCCGCCCCCUGCACAUCCGUCACUCCCAAUCCAAGCCCCACCGGCAGCGGCUGCGGUGUCAUCGUCACGACCUCCGCCCGCUGCCCAUCCGUCGGGAGCCUCUGUCCCAAUGGCGGAAGCGGCGGCGGUGACCCCUCCCCAGCCUUCUCGUGAGGCAAGCAGGACUUCGGUGCGGGCGGGGCCUUCCACGGAUGCAAAUGGCCACAGCAUGGGCACGAAGGCCCCAUCCGGGAGCCACCGGUCAAUGCUGGAAAUCACAAGUCACCCCCUGGUCGAUCCAGAUUUGGGCAGUCCAGCCGUGACGCCCUCGGGGGCCCUCCCCCUGGAGCCUCCGGAGCCCGUUCACGAGUCCCCCCGACCGCCUGUGUCCCGGGAGGGUAGCCGGGUGUCCCGGCGGCCGUCCUCGGCCAACAGCGCCAACAGUGUCGACCGCAAGACGCCCUUUGCCAGGAAGUCCGCUACCGACUGGCACCAGGACGCGCUGGAGCAGCUUCCCUGGGUAGGCGGCCUUGGGAAGAAGGGUGUGCGUUCUGCUGUUGCACUGGCAGAAUUCAGGUCGUCCUUCAAGAAGGCCUCCAUCUUGCUUUCCGACCCCGCGGAGGAGCCCCUCACUGCGAGAUUGGACGCGGUGUUCGCCUUGCCUCCGGAGUUGUGGCCUGUGCUGCCUGCUGGUGCGCUGUACUGCCUGGAGGCCGCCGACCCACGGGCCACUUUCCAGUACAUGCAGCACCGUGACUUCCCCGACACAAAGGUCCGCGUGAACACGUACUUUGGCAAGUGGGGUCGACAUCUGGUUGACUUCGUUGUUUCGUGGCAGCCUACUCCGCGCGCUGAGGCGGCCUGGCAGCUGGAGGGAGGAAAGCAGCCGCCAUUGCCCUGGGAGCAGAGGCAGGUGGUGGCGCACACGACCAACGGCGAGUACCAGUACGCCAACACCCGCAUGCGCUUCCGCGGGCCCAAGUCCACCGAGCCCGAUUCGGGGCUUGUGGAGUACUGCGACGCGCACGGAGUGGACCUCUUGGAUACCAAGGCCGCCAACGAGACCGCCCCACGCAACAGUGACAAGGACCGCGAGGCGCACCUGGUCGACCCGCCCCGUCCCAACACCUGGGGCGAGUUGGCCAGACGGCCGCUGAUCAGCAACCUGCGCAGCCGCGGAGGCGGGGCGUAUGUCCACCACGUCACAUACGACUAUUCCAGUCUUCGCACCAGCUGUGGUCGCCGUGUCCCCGCCGGCUACUUCUUCACGCUGGCCCCCAACGCUUCCCCCAGGACGCCGCCCGUCCCCGGCAAUAGCGCCGCCCGCUCAUCCUCCGUCGGGCGCUCCCUCGCCGGCGGCCUCCGAGCCAACGGCGACCCCUCCUCCUCCAUGCGCAUCCGCAGCGUCAACGGCCCGGUGCAGGCCCUCCUCAGUACCUUUGGAGAGAGCAUCAGCAGCAGCAAGUGGGGCGCCUAUGUCGGCGGCGCCAGCACCGUCAACAUCGGCGCCGCGCCCGCCAGUGUAGCCGGCUCCCGGCCGUCAAGCGCCGGUCCUUGCCGCCGACCGGAGAGCGCAGUCGGCGGCCGUCUGCCGCAUCUCCAGAAUAGCUGCGGCCCAUCGGAGCUUGGAACGGUCAGGUCGGCAUGGAGCAGCAUCGGCGUCGGCGGGGGACUUGUCGGUGUGGGCGUCAGUGCCGUGAGUGCUGCCGGCGUUGGCGCGCCGCAGCGGGAAGGCAGCCGCCUGGCGGCGCCGGCGUCGCCGACGCUGGUGGGGAUGGCGCCGAAGCAGCGCUGGAGGACGUACGACGUGCCGUUCAACCAUCCCAUACAUUCGACGCGGGCGCAGGAGUUGGGUGCGGAUAUGGCGGUGGCGUCGGGACGGGGCGUGCGGACCUUUAGCGACGCCGCCGCGGUGCUGCAGAUCGCCGAGCAGGAGCUCCGCCUCCCCCGCGCCUUUGUCCCCGGCCCCGUGGUGGUUCCCCGCUGGGAGGACAUUCCCCGGCUGUAUGCGGAACACAUGGAGGCGGCCAGGGGCCUUAUGCCGGUCACUGAACUGGACAUGUACGGCAGCUCCAAGCUGCACAUGCUGAUCUACCACCUGCAGUGCGCCGCGACGCUAGAGUACGACAGGCUGGACGCCAAGCUGCUCCUACUGCCGCAGAUGGCCCGCCUGGGUUGUAAGAGUGUGGAGAUAGAUGCAUGGCUGCAGGUCCUAAUCGAACAUGCUGUGUACCUGUACGACAAGCUGGACAUCACGGACCGCGCCCGGUGGCGCCCCGCGGUCCCCACCGAGCGCCUCCCCAUGCGGCGCUCCGUUACCUUUGCCAAGGCCGCCGCGCUCGCCAACCCCAACUCGUCCUCGUGGAACUUCCCCGACCCACUGGUCAGCACGUCGUUCGCCUCGCGCUCGGCCCUGAAUGUGGCGGCUCAGCCGACGCCGCCCGUGCCGACGACUCAGCUGCCGGCGGCGUCAAUCAGCAUGGACGAGUGGGCCGCCAUCAACAGGGUUAUGGAUACGUGCCGUCAUGCGGUGCUGCAUGACCACUGGGUGCGGCUGAGGCCUGUGAUGACGGGCACGACAACGGCCGGCAAUCGCUCCUACUCCUCCAGCCGCGCGGGCAGCAUGAUUGGCUCCGUGUCUGACGCCUGCGCCACCGCCAGUGGGGAGGGCGACCGGCCGGCCUUGGACCCCGACGACCCGUACUCCCACGGGGCGGUGAACCGGGAGCUCCUGGACUACAUGCACCGGGACCUGGAGGCCAUGUCCUCCCCCGACUACGUGGCCCCCGUCCCCGCCACCGGCAAGAAGAUCAAGCAGCGCGGCUACCGGGGUGAGGGCCCGCUGCCGCCGGAGCUGGUGGCCGAGAUGCCCACCGUGCACCGGCCGGUGAGGUGCAGGGGGGCGGAUGAGACACCGCUGCCGCCCGAGUUCCAGAAAAUGGACUUGUGGAAUGUCAAGAACAAGGCGGAGCAGAUUGACUUGACCAAGUUCAGUCCCGAGGUGGCGCGGGACGCCGGUGCACUGAGGUUCAGCCAGGCCGCGAAGGGCUUUGCGGACUCGCGGCAGGCGGAGAUUCGCCGCUCGAUGCAGCGAGCCCGGGGCAUCACCGUGUUUGAUGACUCGGAUGUGCCCGAGUACGGCUCUGACGUGGCCGACGAUGACGUGGCCUCCAUUGCGACAAGUAUGAGCAUCAACACGGUGGAUGGGAGGCCCAGGAGGCGCCGCCGCCCCAGCGGCCCCAUUCAGAAGGUGGAGCCCGUGGUGCCCGGCAUUGCCUGCCAGACAAUGGAGGAGGAAAUGCCCUCGGCUGAGCUAGGUGUAUGGGGGGGGGCGGGGGAACGGCAUUGGCCUCAGCCACAGGAGCUGCGUAUGCGCGAGGAGGCUGAGUUGCGGGUGCAGCAGGAGGCGGCGGAGGCCCGCAGGUUGUUGCUGACUGGCAAUGGCGGCAAGACGCGAGAGCAGAUGCUGGAUGACUGUCUGCGGGCCGCGGAGUCGGCCAUUGAGUCCCUCAAGCCGCGCCCCCUUGGCGCCAUAGCCCCCUCCGAGGCCCCGGACUCACCCAACACCUACUUUGGUAACGCCUCCGUGGACACAAUGGAACACAACUGGAGGCCGAGCGGUCGAGGACCUGGCUCACAGGGCGGCCGCUCGUCCGUUUUCGCACCUGUACGGCCGCCUGGCGGCGGCGCCGCCGCCGCUGGCGCCGCCAGUGGCCCUCAGGAUUCGCCUAAGCGGGGUCCCCAGGACUCGAGUUCUAGGAAGCGGGGGACUUCGUCUGUGGCGGAGACGUACGGCAGGGGUCCAGAGCCGUUCAGCCUGGAGAAGUUGACGGCGGAGCCGUCGGUGGUUUCGGAGAGCGACAUCGUGACGGGUGACGUUCCCAAAGCGAGUAGCUUUGGCGGCGUCAGCACGGGUAUUGGGGGCCUUGUGGAUUACGAGACGGCCAUGGCGCGUCGUAGGGCCGUUGCGGGUGCGGAGGUUGCUCUGUGCCGCUCCAACUUCAUUCCCAAGAGCGAGGUAAUGAACCUCUUCGUCACGUACUGCAACCUGGGAGGCCAUCCCGAGCUGAUUGAGAUGCUGCAAAAGGCCGUGGAGGCGCCCGUGUCCACGGUAACAGUUUCGGCGGUAUCUAAAGCGGUCCGCGCCGCCACCCGCAAUGCCACCACCGGCCGCAUGGAUGUGGACUCGGAGGCUACCAGGCAGCGGAUUCGCGGCACGGCUUGGCUGCUGGGGGUGACCUGGCGGCGCAUCACCAACGAGACCUACACCUCCUUCCUGUGCCGGGUGCUGGGAUGGCCGGCGGAUUUGUGCAACACGCUGAACCGCACGCGAGCCACGCAGGUUAUUGCGCGUGCGCUGGUUCGCGGCCAUGACAUGACCAGCGUCCCCAGGCCUGGUGCACGGGGGCACUGA